AUGCCAGAUGGGGCACACUGCAUGCAGCCCUCUCCUGGAGCCCCUGUGGCCGAGAAGGAAGAGGAGGAGGAAGAGCAUGCAGACCCCACAGGUGGCGGCAACGUGGGGCUUGACACCUGCUUGGCUGGCAGUUGCCAGGAGCGCGGGCGGUUGCCGGGUUACCCUCGAGCUGUUUACCUUCUGGCUCUGGGCUCUGAGCGCCGCUGUAGCGCGGGCACUGGCUGCGCUCUUGCCGCUCCCACCAUGUCCUCUCUCAGCGGCACCCUGCUGACCGAGUUUAAUGCCGCCCACGUGGCCCCCAGCCUCAUGCCCGGGUAUGGAGGCCACAUUCCAGGGCAGGCCUUCUCCUGCGGCUCUACCUAUGGUAAUACUACCCUCAAGUACUUCCAGGACUGUCGCAACGCAGCCAUGGAGAAGAGCCACUUCAGCCACGGUGGCCACUUCCCGCCCAUCUUCUCCCCAGACCCCAGCCUCGUGCUGAGCAGCCGCUCCAACACCAACACCCAGGACCGGGACCGCCUGCUGCUCGUCCCCAGCUACACCCGCUACAACCUGGACAGCAGCCGCUGCUCCCACCUCACUCACUUCUACCAGUCUGUUCAGCAGCAUCGCGAGUACUACCGAGACAAGACGGGCAAGGUGCCCAGGGUCCCGUAUUUCGUGCUGCCCGUGAAGGAGUCGGAGCACUACCCCCUCCCCACGCAGCUGCCUCCUCUGAGCCCAAAGGACAAGUGGCACCUUUUAAGAGUGGCCCCCGAGAAUCUGAAGACCUACCAGACCUUCCCAUCAGGAAAGAGGGUCUCCCCACAGGAACGACAGAAGAGAGACUGCUACUUUGAGUUCAGAGCAUGA